AUAAAUUAAAGACACCUCAGCUUUCCAUCACCAGAGCAAUACUGUUUUCUUGCUUUACAUACUGCCAUCUGUUUUCUUCAAUCUUUUCCUCUUCAUUAUUUGUGUUCCAAAAUUUUCCUUGGAAAUCAAAGGACAAGAAUCCAAACUCGUUUUUGCUUGGUCUUAGAGGACCAUCUAAACAAUUUGCCAGGGCAUCCCAUUUCAGUAAUCUCUCUCUGUCUCGAAGCUCUCUAAAUUCCCCUUUCCGGGGCAGACAGAAGAGGAGAAAAAAAGAGAGCUAAGAAAUGGCAGUCUGCACAGUAUACACAACUCAAUCUCUCAAUUCGACAUGUUCAAUCUCCACACCAACGAAAACCCACUUGGGUUUUCACCAAAAGCAGGUGGUGUUCUACAGCACUGGCAAGAGAACUAGCAAAAGAGGUAGCAGCAGCAGCGGCGGCCCGUGUGUCAUAACCUGCUCAGCUGUUGAUUCACAAACAGUUGUGAUUGGUCUGGCUGCAGACUCAGGAUGUGGGAAGAGUACCUUCAUGAGACGGCUAACAAGUGUGUUUGGUGGUGCAGCAGAGCCACCCAGGGGAGGCAACCCUGACUCGAACACACUCAUCAGUGACAUGACCACCGUGAUUUGCUUGGAUGAUUAUCAUUCACUUGACAGAACUGGAAGGAAAGAGAAGGGAGUGACAGCACUUGACCCAAGAGCUAACAACUUUGACCUCAUGUAUGAGCAAGUUAAGGCUCUCAAGAGUGGUGUUGCUGUUGACAAGCCUAUUUACAACCAUGUUACUGGUCUUUUGGAUCCUCCUGAGCUCAUUAAGCCUCCUAAGAUCCUUGUCAUUGAAGGACUGCACCCCAUGUUCGAUGAGCGUGUGAGGGAUCUGUUGGACUUCAGUAUCUAUUUGGAUAUCAGCAAUGAGGUCAAAUUUGCAUGGAAAAUUCAGAGGGACAUGGCUGAAAGAGGGCAUAGCCUUGAAAGCAUUAAAGCUAGUAUUGAAGCCAGGAAGCCCGAUUUCGAUGCCUUUAUUGAUCCACAAAAGCAAUAUGCUGAUGCAGUAAUUGAAGUGCUGCCAACUCAGCUCAUCCCAGGAGACAACGAGGGAAAGGUUUUGAGAGUGAGGCUGAUAAUGAAAGAAGGGGUGAAGCAUUUCAGCCCGGUUUAUCUGUUUGAUGAAGGCUCAACCCUCUCAUGGAUACCAUGCGGAAGGAAGCUCACUUGCUCUUACCCUGGCAUCAAAUUCCAUUACGGCCCUGACACUUACUUUGGCAACGAGGUUUCUAUUCUGGAGAUGGACGGGCAAUUUGACAGAUUAGAUGAACUCAUUUACGUUGAAAGCCAUUUGAGCAACAUUUCUACCAAGUUCUAUGGAGAAGUUACCCAGCAAAUGUUGAAGCAUGCUGAUUUCCCUGGAAGUAACAACGGAACCGGCCUGUUCCAAACCAUUGUUGGAUUGAAGAUAAGAGAUCUGUAUGAGCAAAUCACCACAAGCAAAACUGCAACUCCACUAGAAGCAACAAAAGCCUAAAGAGCUGCCUUUGGGGUUCAUAAAAUUAUAUCCUCUUUUCAGUUUUCGCCUUUCCACUUCCUCCCUUCUUCACGUUUGACUCUUGAGCGUUAGGCUGUUCCUCUCAUAAGAAUUGAGUUAUACUCUUUUGUAUUUAUUGUCUGUUGUAAUUCUGUGGAGAUAUGUAAUAUGGAGAAACAAAAAUCAGAGAUCAAAUUCAAGUUAAGAAGUUCAUAGAAGACGAAGCUUUUGACAUCA